GACUCCGGUCUCCAAACCGGUCUUGCAGGUCCCAGGAAGGUGGCGUCAGCAUCUGCAGCGGCGUCGACGUCGUCGGAGCCUCCGCGGAGGACCCAGGAGAACCGGACUGGGACCUGGGCCUUGAGUCUCCCCAUGGAGAAGUCAGCUGCCUCGCCAGAGCCCCAAGGGCCUCGGCCAGCCCUGGGCCGCGAGAGCGUCCAGGUGCCGGAUGACCAGGACUUUCGUAGCUUUCGGUCAGAGUGUGAGGCCGAAGCGGGCUGGAACCUGACCUACAGCAAGGCCGGAGUGUCUGUGUGGGUGCAGGCUGUGGAGAUGGAUCGCACCCUGCACAAGAUCAAGUGCCGGAUGGAAUGCCGUGAUGUGCCAGCUGAGACACUCUACGAUGUCCUACAUGACAUUGAAUACCGAAAGAAGUGGGACAGCAACGUCAUUGAGACUUUUGAUAUCGCCCGCUUGACCGUCAACGCCGAUGUGGGCUAUUACUCUUGGAGGUGUCCAAAGCCCCUGAAGAACCGUGAUGUCAUCACCCUCCGCUCCUGGCUCCCCAUGGGCACUGAUUACAUCAUUAUGAACUACUCAGUCAAACAUCCUAAAUACCCACCUCGGAAAGACUUGGUCCGAGCUGUGUCCAUCCAGACGGGCUACCUCAUCCAGAGCACGGGGCCCAAGAGCUGCAUCAUCACCUACCUGGCCCAGGUGGACCCCAAAGGCUCCUUACCCAAGUGGGUGGUGAAUAAAUCUUCUCAGUUCCUGGCUCCCAAGGCGAUGAAGAAAAUGUACAAGGCUUGUGUCAAGUACCCUGAGUGGAAACAGAAGCAUCAGCCGCACUUCAAGCCCUGGUUGCACCCGGAGCAGAGCCCAUUGCCAAGCCUGGCGCUGUCAGAGCUGUCCGUGCAGCACGCGGACUCGCUGGAGAACAUCGACGAGAGUGCGGUGGCGGAGAGCCGGGAGGAGCGCACUGGCGCGGGCGGUGAGGGCAGUGACGAUGACACCUCACUCACCUGAGCCCAGCACCACCCCAGGGACCUACACAAGACUGGGCAGGGCCCGGGGGCCAUGGAUCCUCCAUGCUUUCUCCCCUCCCCUGCCCCUUGCGCCUACUAGGGACGCUGGGCUGGCCCAGGUGGGCGCUGUGGCCUGGCUGGGCACAGCCUCAAUAAACUAUCCCACAGCCUCA